CUUUACUCCACACACGCUUCUAAGCCUCGGCACAUCUCCUCACAUCGCUACUAACUACACUUUAUUCAUCCUCCGUGUCAGGAUAAACUCCACUCGUCUCAGUCAACUUUGGACAUUAUUAGGCCCGCUUAGCUUGCUAGUUGUUUUAGCGCGCUAGUUAGCUUAGCAUGCUAGUUGGCUUAGCGUGCUCGUUAGCUUAGCUUGUUAGCUGCUAACAAAGAGAGGCGGAAGUAAUCAACUCAUCGCUUAGUUAAGAUCAAGUGUGAGUGUAAAGUGUUGGGAUUGUGUGAAAAUAUGUGAAAGAACUACAGCAGAGUACAAAGAGGAACUUUCUAGGACAAAAGAAGAGAACAAGAGACUACGUCAACUACUGGACGCUGUUUUCAAGAAACCCUAAGUUGUGUUACACAGAACAGACGUCUGUGAAGAACAUCUUCUCCCUGAGCAACAGAAGUGGAACUUCAGGAUGCGGAUGGAGGAGCCAGGGCCCUCUCACAUUAAGAAGGAAGAGGAAUACCCACUGAUCCCUCAUUUUAAAAAGGAAGAGGAGUACCCACUGACACCCCAUUUUAAAGAGGAAGAAGAGGACCCACUGACACCCCGAUUUAAAGAGAAAGCGGUGGAUCCACUCAGCCCUCACAUUAAGGAGGAAGAGGAGGACCCACUGACCCUUCACAUUAAAGAGGAAGAGGAGGACCACAGCAUCAGUCAGCAGGGAGAGCAUCUUGAAGGACUGGAGGAGGUUGAUGUCACCAAGAUGCCAGUGACUGGUGUCCCUGUGAAGAGUGAAGGUGAUGAGGUCAAAGGUGAGAGUGAGGAGAAGAGAGAGGCGGAGCCUCCAAGCAGCAGCUCAACUCAACACAUGACAACAGAAGCUGAUGGAGACCACUGUGGAGGAUCACAAGCAGACAAGCUCUUAGCUCCACUAUCAGAUAGUGAGGACACAACGUCACACUCUCCUGACACUGAUGAUGAAGACUCUAAAGAUGAUAAGACAUGUCACACUGACAACACACACUUCACAUGUUCUCACUGCGACAAAACCUUUAAAUACCAUUGUCAUCUGAAAAGACACAUGAGAACACACACUGGAGAAAAACCUUUUUCAUGUUCAAUCUGCGGUAAAGAUUUUACUCAAAAGCACCAUUUCAAAGCACACAUGAGAACACACACUGGAGAAAAACUUUUUUCCUGCUCCGAAUGUGGUAAAAGUUUUGUAAUUAAUCAAUAUUUAAAAAUACACAUGAGAACACACACUGGAGAAAAACCUUUUGCAUGUUCAAUCUGCGGUAAAGAUUUUACUCAAAGUCAAUCUUUCAAAACACACAUGAGAAUACACACAGGAGAAAAACCUUUUUCCUGCUCAGAAUGUGGUAAAAGUUUUGUAAUAAAUCAAAGUUUAAAAGUACACAUGCGAACACACACUGGUGAAAAACCUUUUUUGUGUUCAAUCUGCGGCAAAGAUUUUACUCAAAGGACCCAUUUCAAAGCACACACGAGAACGCACUCUGGUGAAAAACCAUACUCCUGUUCAAGCUGCAACAAAAGCUUUCGUUACCUAAACACUCUUACAGCACACAUGAGAACACACACAGGAGAGAAAGUGUUGAGUUGCAGUGUGUGUGGUGAAAGAUUCUCCUAUAAGUACCAGUGUAAGAAACACAAGUGUGCUGGUGAGAACAGCAGCAGCAAAUGAAGAUGCAGGAUUUGAAAUUCAACUGUCAAAACUUUAACUUUCUAACAUCAGCACAUAUAACAUGUGUGACAUCAUUGUUGUGUGUGUAACACAAUCUUGUUAAUAUGAUUCUAACAUUUAUAGAUUAUGUAGUGCUUUUAUUUCAGUCAAGUACAUGAGUUAAUAUACACAUUUGUGUACUUUAAAAUGAACAGAACAUUUUGACUGAAAAGGUGAGAAU